UGCGCUACAGCGCUGGAUGCUGGAUGAUCAAUACUGACCACAGUGUCAGAUGCUGGACCACGUAAUACAGUCAAGAGAAACAUAAGUGAGCAUCAUGAAAACAGUUACGCAUACUUGCACCCCAGGAGCAACCGAUCUACCUGGAGGAGAAUCCAUCGAAGAGAUUGCCGAGUCUGUGGAUGAACUGCGUGAAAAAUUAGCAAACAUGAAGAGAUUGAUGGAGGAACGAAGGGGCACCACCCUGGGUGAGAUAAGCGCGAGGAAGAGGAAGGAGACCUCGGACAUCAUAGAUGGUAAUUUUCUGUCCUGGAUAUUUGGAUCAGCAUUGGUUGUAAUUCUGAGCGUCAGCUUCUACGCGUUUUACAAUCUCUACCAUGCGGUUUUGAAGAAAUUCCCCUCUCAUCACACUGAACUGUAGAAGAAAAAAAAGAAAAGAAAAGGAUGGCGACAAAUGAAUAUACCUGUUAUCAGUUCUGACAAAACUUGUGAUAUAGCGAGGCGUGCUAAUGAACGUUUUUUAAUCACAUUGAAUGCAUUCUUCGGUGGCGAACUUAUUUUG